AUGACGUCCAGAAAGACGCAGCAGGAGAUCGACAAGACCUUCAAAAAGGUCGCGGAAGGUAUCCAGACGUUCGAAGGAAUCUACGAAAAAAUCCGUGCCGCGACGAAUCCCACACAACGAGACAAGCUCGAGGAGAACCUGAAACGAGAAAUCAAGAAGCUUCAACGAUAUCGUGAUCAGAUCAAAUCAUGGGCGUCUGGCAAUGAGGUCAAGGAUAAAGGACCUUUGCUUGAGCAGCGAAGGGCCAUUGAGACGUGCAUGGAGCAGUUCAAAGCCGUUGAGAAAGAAAUGAAGACGAAAGCAUAUUCCAAAGAAGGCCUCUCUGCCGCAUCGCGACUCGACCCGAAAGACAAAGAGAAAGUCGAGACUUGUGAUUUCCUGUCCAAUAUGGUUGACGAACUGCAACAAAAAAUCGAGGCAAUGGAGGCAGAAGAGGAGUCGCUUCAAAUGUCGAUGAAAAAGGGAAAGAAAGAUGUCACCAAGACCAAUCGUCUAGCCGAUCUUGCGCACUUUAUCGAGCGUCACAAGUGGCACGUAAAUAAACUGGAACUGUUGCUACGAUCACUUCAGAAUGGCAACAUUGAAACAAGUCAGGUGGUGGACCUUAAGGAGAGCAUCAAAUACUACGUUGAGGACGGUAACCAAAUUGACUACGCUGGUGAAGAUGAGACGCUGUACGACGAUCUGAACAUGGGCGACGAUGCCGAAGCACAAUUUGGAAUAGGCGGUGACAACGACCGGGUGUCGUCGCAAGACACUCAGUCAAUGCAAGACGAAGAGGUUGAAGCCAAACCGAAGCCCAAAGCUGAAGCCAGCGCCACUAGCCACCGCAGACCUUCCGCUCAAAUGAAAUCCCCGCUUCCAGUCCUUGCAACACUGCAUCCGUCCAGCUCAAGCAGCUCGGCGUCUGGCAUGAAGCCUGCCCCCCCUCCCACGCGUCUGCCCGGUGAAACACUCAAGUAUGCUUCUGCCGCUGCUGCCGCUGCUGCAAGCGACAAGAAUGGUGUUGGAAUUGCCCCUCUACCGCCUCCGCCAGGUGCUAGCCCCGCCUUCCCAUCUGCAGUGCCCGCCUCCAAAGCUUCCUCUACUGCCUCACCUGUUGUUACGCUAGCACAGCCUGUGCCAAAAGCAACACCUGCAGCUGCGAUAGUCGCAGAGGAGGGACGCUCGCGAACGCCAGCUUUCAGCCCCAAGGUUUCUGCUGCCGUCAGCGCAUCAAAUACGGUGCCAAGCACGCCUGCGAUGGACAAGGCAGAAACCGCCAGUACGAAACCACCCGCUGCCGCUAAUGGAGAGUCGAAUAAAGAGAACCAAGCAGGAGAAGAGUCUAUCUACCACCUUCCACCCGGUCUGCAGGAUUUAAUCCAUUCGUUCGAAGUAACCAAAAAUCGUGCAUCGGCAAAUCCCUCAAGCCAGCCACCUUCAGUGCAGCGCCUACUCACUGCAUCUGCAGCCAAUUGCCCAGAACCAGGGGACUCAGAGAAGCCUCGUCACUACAAGCCCCAGAACCCGUACAAUACGCCUCUUUAUUACCCCCAGGAGCCACUGGCCAUCUUGGACGAUCCCAGGCUGUACGAGACAGGGCGGAUCGAUACAGAUACUUUGUUCUACUUGUUUUAUUACCGCCAAGGAUCAUACCAGCAAUACUUGGCAGCAAAGGCGCUCAAGGGCCAGAGCUGGAGAUUUCACAAACAGUACCAGACGUGGUUCCAACGGCAUGAGGAGCCUAAGACGAUUACUGAGGAGUUUGAACAAGGCACCUAUCGCUUUUUUGACUACGAGAGUACUUGGAUGAAUCGUCGCAAGGCGGACUUCAAGUUUAUUUACAAGUACUUGGAGGACGAACUGUGAUCUGGCUUUUACGUUUACUUUCCUGGGUUUGAAGGGUCCUGUUUUGCUAUCUUCGAUCGCGAGUCUGCGAGUGAGACGGAGUACAAGCAUUUCUUUUGUUUCUGUAUGGGUCUUGAUGGGUCCAGGAACAGGUGUUAUCAAUGGGUCUGCGGGACAGGAGUUCAAACGCUGUUCUUUAGUGGCGGCUGAUGGCAUGCAGCCAUCUCUUGAGCUGCUGCUUAGUUAACCAAUGAAUAGACACCUUUAGAG